CUUCGUCAUUUGGGUCCAGUAAUUCUCUAGUCCAAAAGCCAUACCUCCCUCACUCAGGGAUUUAUCGUUUUCCAUCCUUUACUUUCUUGUUCAAACCCUAAUCUCAUCCCAUUCUUCGUUGAUCUGUCAUAAAAAACUCAUAUACAGAUUGAUUACAUACGUGUAUAUACACAGAGAUGAGUGCUUCUGCCGAUAAAUUGGCUCAUUUUCAAGCAAUUACAGGUCUCCAAGACGCCGAUUUAUGCACGGAGAUCCUCUCUGCUCAUGGCUGGGACCUUGAACUAGCUAUCUCAAGUAUCACUUCAACAUCAGAGGAAGACCACAUCAAUCUUCCCACUACUUCCGCCAUCGACAACGACAACAUCGCCACCGACAGAUUUGAACAAUCAGGAUUUAUUGCAACUGAGGGUGCAGGUCCACCAGGUUUAGCAUGGAAGCUCAUCACACUUCCGAUUUCCAUUGUUUCUGGGAGCCUAGGGUUAGUUUCAGGUGCUGUAGGGUUAGGCUUAUGGGCGGUGGGCGGUGUUCUUUCUUAUUCUUUAAGCAUGAUUGGAUUGACUAAUUCCGGGACUAACGGCGGAUCUUCCUCGACUCCUUUAGUUUCACUCUCAACCGCGGCAUCAGAGGCGAUGGAUUUCGUGUCGAAGUUCGAGAGUGAGUAUGGAAACAGACAUCCGAAUUUUGUUUCUGAGGGUUUUAUGGAUGCGUUACAGCGGUCGCGGCAUGAAUUCAAACUUUUGUUUGUGUACUUGCACUCUCCAGAUCAUCCUGAUACACCAUCCUUCUGUGAGGGCACUCUCUGUUCCGAGGUUAUGACAGAGUUCGUAAAUGAGAAUUUUGUUGCUUGGGGUGGGAGUAUUAGGGCAAGCGAAGGGUUCAAGAUGAGUAACAGCUUGAAGGCUUCUAGGUUUCCUUUCUGUGCUGUUGUCAUGGCAGCUACUAAUCAGAGAAUUGCUUUGCUCCAACAGGUUGAAGGGCCUAAAUCACCAGAAGAGCUGCUAACAAUGUUGCAAAGGGUUCUUGAAGAAAGUGCCCCUGUUCUUGUAACAGCAAGACUUGAAGCUGAGGAAAGAAGAAACAACAUCCGAUUAAGGGAGGAACAAGAUGCUGCAUAUCAAGCUGCACUUGAAGCUGAUCAAGCUAGGGAACGCCAGAGGAGGGAAGAGCAAGAACGAGUAGAACGAGAAGCUGCUGAAGCUGAGAAGAAGCAAAAAGAAGAAGAGGAGGCCCGUGAAAGAGCAGCACGUGAAGCUGCUGAAAGAGAAGCUGCAUUGAUUAAGCUGCGUGAGGAAAAAUCUUUGUUGUUGGGCCCUGAACCUGAAAAGGGGCCAGAUGUUACUCAGGUAUUAGUGAGAUUACCAAAUGGAGAAAGAAAGGGGAGGCGAUUUCAUUGUAGUGCAACAAUACAAUCUCUAUACGACUUUAUUGAUUCUUCAGGGUCCUUAGAAAUUGGAAGUUACAGCCUAGUCACCAAUUUCCCACGUGUCCUUUAUGGUCCAGACAAACUCUCUUUCACCCUUAAAGAAGUUGGAUUGCAUCCUCAAGCCAGUCUUUUUGUGGAACAGAAAUCAUGAAUCAUGAUCAAUCAGGUAGUAGUCGUCUAUAACCAUCCAGAACUUUAUGUGGUAUAAUACUAAUAGGGAUCAUUUUUUCUUCUUCCUUUUCUUGUUAAUCAAGUCUUAAAUCUGUCUAAUCAAUGCACACAUUUCGAAUAAAACCAAACUUCUUUUCAUUACGCACUUUGUAACAACUCAUUUGUUUGUAUGAAUCACUCUGUCCUUUGCUUCUUGCA